AGGCAAUUUUCGGCUGCAGAGACGCUCUCUACUUCCACUGCACCCUUUCAGAGUUCAAUGUCCCACGGUGUAGGCCCUGGCCUCGCGGCUCAGCAGCAGCGCAUUGCGGACAUCAAAGCCGCGAUGAGGCGUGAGAAGGCGGUGCUUGGCAAGCCACUCUCUAAGCAGCCUUCUCUUUCCCCUUCACCCUCCAGUCCCAGUGCACGCUCACCUUCACCAAGUACCUCCUCUUCUUCCUCGGAGCCGGCGCUUUCUGCAGCACGAGCCCCGCUGACGUGGAGCCGUGUACAGGAGCGCAUGCGCAUGCUGCACGCGUGGGAUGCCAAGUGCACGGUGGAGGCGGCAGCAGUGCGACUGCUGGAGAGGGAGACUCAACAAGACAUGGAGGCCUCGAUGGGACGGAAGACGGCGUUGAUGGAGCAGCUGCACCAUCUCUGUCGCGAGGAGGUGCUGCUGAAGUCCUCCGAAUCUGCGCUGCAAGGCGAUUUGGCCGCUUUAUCGGAUGAGAGGGAAAAACUGGAAGUGCUGCGCACAGCAUCGGCGAAGCAGCUGCAAAGCACUGCCCACAGCAAUCUUCAGCGGCUUCAGCAGCUGGACGAUGCACGGCAGGGUUUUGAGCGACGUAAAGCUCUACGUGAAAAAGAACGGCAGGCUCUGAGAGAGGAGGUUGCCGAACUAGAUGGACGCGCAAUUGAUUUAGAGGCGAAGGUGGCUGCCACAGUCCAGCGCAUUGCCGAUCAUGAGCGCACGGCGCGUCUCGUUGAAGCGAAUCUGCACAACAGUGAGCGCUCCAGAGUGGAAACGCUGCAGCGUGAGGUGGGUCGCCUCAUGUCUCAAUUAGAGGUCGAGGAGAGCUGA